AUGCAAACAACUUCUGAAAAAGGUUGGGUCGUCUUCCGUCUUCAACUCUACGCUAUUUAUCUCGUACUGCAGACGAUAUAUAGGAAAUUACUCGAGGUUGUUUACCUAUGUACCGGCUCCAGAGAGAUUCCAGACGGUAAAGUGCGUGUUAGUUCAAUUGUAUGGCGCUAUAAAGUGGACCCCGAGGAGAUCGCUAAAAGAAAGGACUUUGUUCUCGCUCCAGGAUAUUUGGAUAGUAUCGAGAUACUUAACAACCCUCAAUGGGCCAUAUAUACAAUAGAAAAGGACCUGGUCAUCUUUGUACUAUUACCGGAACCCAUUACCACCUACACUAUUGACAAGAAUCCGUUCCUUUUUGUGCCAAUGUUUGAAAAGGAGGUACGCACACUACUUCAUGCCACAGUGACUUGCCUGAGGGCGCACCUCCCAGUAGAGACUCUAUGCGUGCUGAAGACUCAAUCGUUCGAAGCGAGGCUGGUACCACUAUGUAAGGAUAUCCCGAAUCUCAAACAUAUCUUCAUGUUCCGCAAAAAAGCACUGAUCUCUGUGGAAAAGGCUGCCCGUCGUGCCGAAUUUCUAUAUUUGUUGCUAUUGGAACUCUAUAAAUACUCGCCAUACGUAUCUCGCUGCCUCGGUACUCUAGUUGCUGGUGAGGGGAAGUGGGUGAGGAUACUCCGUCCAGAUGAUAUGAGAGGCCAAGCAGCCAUUAUGCUGGCCUCGCCUCUGUCUUAUUAUGAGAAGAAUAAGGAGAUGUAUUGCCAUCCUAUCGUGUGGUUCCAUGAAGUAAUUCAUGACACAGAGAAAGUGCUGACGUCAGUUUUUAAUGAGAUCGGAAUCCCCUUGUCCUGUGUAGCGGACGCAGUCGAGUGCAAGAAGGAAGAUUCACAGAAAGGAUCAUUCCUGUCACAACAAAGUCUAAAGCACCUCGAGGUGCCACCGAUAUCGAAGGACGACCGAGCAAUGCUCGAUAGUUAUGCGGUGAGAAUGGGCGUACCACUAGAUGUUUUCGAGACAGAUUAA